AUGGCAGAGAUAGUGCCAGUAGAUGUGGCUGAAACUACUGUGAGUGAUGUUGAAUCUGAAGUGAAUAAUGCUGAGGCAAAAGUGGAUGUUGAAGUAGAGAAGGAGAGUGAAGCUGAAAAGGUUGUUGCUGAUGAAACUCAACAAGUUCAUGAGAAAGAGGGUGAAGUUGACAGGUUGUCAGCACACAACCAAAGUCUGGGUUUUUUGUGGGAGUGGAAUCGUGCGCCUAGUAUUCCGAUGGAGUUGGAUGAAAGACAAAGGUUAGAGUUGUUUCUUCAAUCCGUUUCCUUAGAGGACAACAAUGAUGGUUGGGUUUGGUUUAAUGGGAGAGAAAAUGAUUUUUCGGUAGCCUCGGUUAAACGAUGGAUGAGAGGGUCGAAUAAUGAAGCGGUUACUUUUGGAUUCAAGUGGAGUAAAUGGGUGCCGACAAAAUGUAAUAUCUUCAUGUGGCGUGCGUAUUUGGACCGGCUUCCUACAAAGACGGCUUUGAUUAAAAGAAGAAUCAUGAUAGAAAAUAAUAUAUGUGAUUGGUGUGAGAGUAAUGAAGAAACUAUUGAACAUAUUCUCACGGGAUGUGCGUUUUCUAUGGGAGUAUGGACCGCUAUUACUACUUGGUGUAAGGUUCCUAGAUCGUUCGUCAUUCAUGUUAAAGAUUUGGUUGAGAUGCAAGAUUAUAGUGGCGUUUCGGGUAAUAAGAAGGAGGUUUUGCAUGGGGUUAUUAUUAUCACAUGUUGGCGUUUAUGGCGUGCUAGAAAUGACAAGGUGUUCUCGAACAAGAUGCCUAAUGUGACGGAUUUGGUAGCGGACAUUAAGUCUUUGGGCUUUCUUUGGUAUAAGUAUCGAUUUAAACAAGGGAUAGUGGAUUGGGAUGGGUGGAUUUCGUUUGAUGUGAUGUAA